GUUGCCAACUGGGAUUGUAAUUUUCUAGCAGUUUGUGUUUUUUCUCACCAAAAAUUUCUAUUUACAAAUUUUAUCAUGUCAUCAAAAUUGGAAAUAAAUAUUCGUAGCUUAAUAGCUCAAUGCGAGGAGAUAGCCAAAGCAGACAGCAUGGACUGGAGGCUUAAGAAAUACAUCAAGUCUAUUGAUAUUUUGAUUCAGGAGCUCGUAGAAGAGGAAAUGAUGGAUCCUGAAAGUAAAGCUAUUGAGGAGUAUCGGAGGCGGUGUGGAGAGCUAAAGAAACUAGUUAAUUAUCAAGAACCUCAGAAAUCUAUCAGCAAAUUCGCUCCAUCUGUAGAUAGUAUUUUCAAAGAGAUUCAGCAAGUUCACAAUGCGAAUUACCAUCAAGAACUCAGGAAGGAUUUGCUGGGAAGUGAUUCUAUGCGACUCAGGAAGGGUGGGGGCACAGCUCCAGGAGAUGACAUGGGAAAAGCCAUGAAGCACUUUGCGGAUAUUCAAGAGAAAAUUGCCGAAAACAUGAUAUCACUAACUAGCAGCUUAAAGGAGCAGACCCAGACAGCAAAUAGGAUUAUAAAGAAUGAUGUUGAGACAGUGAAGAGAUCUACUGUCCUAUCAGAGUCCAAUUUUGGUUCCCUGAAGACGAAAUCUGAGAAACUAAAGGAGCAUUCAAAUCGAGCCUGCAAAUGUUGGAUAUGGAUGAUGAUUGGCUGUGUGAUGAUGAUUUUCAUGUUUAUGGUCUUUUUUAUCAAAGUUAUGAAGAAAUAAAAGCAAAAUAAAUAAAAA